UCAUAUUAGAUUAUUAUAAACUCUUCAUUUAAUAAAAUGUCAUCUGAAAGGAUUAUAUUUUUAAUGUUGCAGUUUUAUCAGUCUCUAUAUCUCUGAUUUUAGCUUCAACACUUUAACUAUCUAUAAUAGAUACCAAAUCUUGAAUAUUUAAUAUAUUAUGUUGCAUUUUUGGAAAAAAUAAUGAUGAUAUAUUCAUAUUUCUUACAAUUUAUUAUUUAUUAAAAUUCAUGUACAUGUUCAUCGCUACAUGGUUGGCAUUAAAUGCCGACAAGAAGGUAUAUCAGCAUUUAUCCAUUAUCUCCUAUUUUGACAUGUUCUCCAUUUUAAUGUGUCCCUGUUUCAGCAUGUCCAUUUCAAUGUCCAUGUUACAGCAUGUCCAUUUCAAUGUGUCUGUUUCAGCACGUCCAUUUCAAUGUGUCCCUAUUUCAGCAUGUCCAUUUCAAUGUGUCCCUGUUUCAGCAUGUCCAUUUCAAUGUGUCCAUGUUUCAGCAUGUCCAUUUAGAUGUGUCCCUGUUUCAGCAUGUCCAUUUCAAUGUGUCCCUAUUUUAGCAUGUCCAUUUCAAUGUGUCCCUAUUUCAGCAUGUCCAUUUCAAUGUGUCCCUGUUUCAGCAUGUCCAUUUCAAUGUGUCCCUAUUUCAGCAUAUCCAUUUCAAUGUGUCCCUAUUUCAGCAUAUCCAUUUCAAUGUGUCCCUGUUUCAGCAUGCCCAUUUCAAUGUGUCCCUAUUUCAGCAUAUCCAUUUCAAUGUGUCCCUAUUUCAGCAUAUCCAUUUCAAUGUGUCCCUGUUUCAGCAUGUCCAUUUCAAUGUGUCCGUUUCAGCACGUCCAUUUCAAUGUGUCCCUGUUUCAGCAUGUCCACUUCAAUGUCUUCUAUUCUCACACAUUUUUCUAAUUUCAGCAUAUCUUGUACCAAUAUGUCUUCACUUCAAACAUAUUUCCUCUUUCAACAUUUAAAACAUUUUUGUUCAUAAACCAAAAUAAACCUGAUCACAAUGUUCCUUACAAUUGAUUUGGCGGUCCAUUGUAUUUUUUAGAUGUUUUCUUACACAUUCUACCUUGGCAUAUGUAUCUCCA